AUGCUUAUUUUUUUUAAUUUAUUUGGAGCUUUAUUGUUAAUUUCCUCUUUUGAUUUAAUUUCUUUAUAUUUAAGUAUAGAACUACAAUCCUUUGCUUUAUAUAUUUUAGCUACUUUUUAUAAAGAAUCUAGAAUUGUAACAGCUGCAGGAUUGAAAUAUUUUUUAUUAGGUGCAUUAUCUUCAUGUUUUAUUUUAUUAGGAUCUGCUUUAAUUUAUUCAUUUAGUGGUUUAACUAAAUUUGAUUCAAUUUAUAUUUUAAUCUCCGAUUUAGACUCCUCAGUAGAUCAUACUCAGUUUACAUUAGGUGUAUUAUUAAUAUUUAUUGGGUUUUUAUUUAAAAUAGGAGCAGCUCCUUUGCAUAAUUGA